AUGGCUGCAUACACAACCCAUUUGAUCUCAAGAAUGGAUCCCCUAAGGUAUAUCUUUCGCCAGUCUAUGCCCAUAGGGAAGUUGGCCAAGUGGAAAAUGCUAUUAAGUGAGUUCGACAUUCGAUACGUCACACAGAAAGCAGUCAAAGGGCAAGCAUUAGAAGAUUUACUUGCAGGAAGUCCAGUAGAUGACAACCCCAUACCUCUGUGGACUUACUUCCUGGAUAAAGAAAUAAUGACAAUUGAAGGCGAAGAAAGUGAGGAUAAGUUAGGAUGGAAAGUAUACUUUGAUGGAGCGGUCAACUUUAAAGGAUCAGGAAUUAGAGCCGUCUUGGUUUCAGACUGGGGCCAAUAUUAUCCGGUGGCAGCCAAGUUAAGUUUCAAUUGCACCAACAACAUGGCUAAAUAUGAAGCAUGUAUUUUGGGUCUACGUUUAGCCCUCGACAUGGAUGUGAAAGAACUUCAGGUAAUCGGCGACUCGGAUUUGCUAAUCCAUCAGGUUCGAGAAGAGUGGGCCACCAAAAAUGAAAAGAUCAUACCCAUCCAUGAUUCAGCAUCCCGAAGUAGAUACAUUGAUCCUGUCAAAAUUGAGAUUAGAGACCAACCAACCCACUAUGCUUUCGUAGGGGCAGAGGAUGAUGGAAAACCUCGGUACACUGACAUUAAAAUGUUCUUGGAGAAAGGAAAAUAUCCCGAAGGAAUCACCUUAAAUCAAAAGAGGACUAUCAGGAUGUUAGCGAAUGGUUUCUUCCUCAACAAGAAUGUCCUAUGCAAAAGAACUCCAGAUUUGGGAUUGCUUAGAUGUGUUGACUCUGUUGAAGCUACAAGAUUGAUUGAAGAAGUGCAUGCGGGAACCUGCGGGCCUCACAUGAAUGGGUUCGUGCUAGCAAAGAAGAUUCUAAGAACUGGGUAUUACUGGAUGACCAUGGAGAAUGACUGUAGCAAAUUCGUCCAGAAAUGCCACAAGUGUCAGAUUCAUGGAGACUUGAUAAAGGUCCCUCCGAUAGAACUGAAUGCUAUGACGUCACCUUGGCCAUUCGCCGCUUGGGGCAUGGAUGUCAUAGGACCAAUUGAGCCAGUUGCGUCAAACAAACACCGUUUCAUUUUGGUCGCCAUAGACUACUUCACCAAGUGGGUGGAAGCAACAUCUUAUUCAUCGGUGACAAAGAAAGUGGUCACAGACUUUGUGCGCAACAACAUCAUAUGUCGAUUUAGCAUCCCAGAAUCAAUCAUAACAGACAAUGGGGCUAACCUCAAUAGCCACUUGAAUAAAAAAAGUCAACGUUGGUUGUUAGAGACAUGA